CUAAAGACUAGUAGACUACAAUGAGCAAAUGUACCACGCGAUUGCUGAUUAUUUUAGCGAUUUGCAUAGCACAAAACGCUUCGCUAUCGCCUACGAAGGUAGUCCUUACUCAAAGAACUCGAGACGAUCGGCGAAACAUACAGCUUGUAGAAUUCUUUACUUCUGUGCCUAAUCUCCAAGAUUUUACCGUGUGUUACUGGUUGAAAUCAGUCAAUACCACAACUCGCCAAUCAACUUUCUCAUACGCCGCUCCCAACGAUCCAGUUGCAAUCGCAACAUGGAUCGAGCCGACAAUUUUCGGACUACAGAUCCGCAUGGCCAUCAGCGGAAAGGAAGUAUAUUCGGUGCCAUAUAACAUAGCUUAUCACCACUGGUACCAUUUGUGCCAUUCCUGGGAAGGCUCAUCCGGACGUUGGCUUCUCUAUGUUGACGGCGAAUUAAUUGGACAAGGAUUCGACGAUACUGGACGCCCUCUGUUGAUUCCAGGAGGCGGUACUGUUGUUUUUGGACAGCAACAGAAUAAUUUUGACUUCAGUCCAGAUCGCCCUGGUGGAUUCCAGUCGUCGGCGGUAGUCGAAGGAGAAAUGACCCUCAUGUUCUUUGACAGCCGACCGUUACGCCAUGACAUUCAAAGUCUUGGAGCUAGUGGGAACCUCAAAGGUGAGAUCUUGGGUACAAAACUGACAAGCGACAUCGAAGGCAAUGUAUGGGAAAUAAAUCCUGAGAGUGUCGACUGUUUUAACCAGCCCCUGGGAGAUAUUGUAGCCUGGGGCGUCACACAAAUCGAACUAACGGGCGGUACUAUCAUGGCACAGGCCAAGCCGUCGUGUGGUGACUUCUAAGUUUAACACGAACGAAAGCAAAGCGUGAUUUCUGUUUAAUAAACAAAUAUAUAAAAUUGUAGACGUGAUACGAACCGUUGUAUUCCGCCAACAUUUUACAUUACAAAGGUUUUAAAAAGCA